AUGCAGCAAUGGCGUUCAAUAGCUUCUCGACAUUCAAAAAAUUUAAAUCUUUCAGUUUGGGUUUGGGAAGAAAAUUCGUUAUUUGUAGAUCAGAUGCUUUCUCUUGGAUCAACAACCUUUCAAUCAUUUGUGUUAACACUUGGAUGCAUGUCUUUGGUGUGUUUAUUAUUUAUGCCAAGUUUAUUUAGUCUUUUAAUUGCUUCUGCUUCAAUUUGUUCAAUUUCUAUUGGGGUUUUUGGUUUUCUUUCUUGUUUUGGAUUUGAUUUAGAUCCUGUUACUAUGGCAGCAACAUUAAUGUCCAUUGGUCUUUCUGUUGAUUUUGUUUCCCAUGUAAUUUAUCAUUUUCGACAAAAUGUUUGUUAUAAAUUCCAUAAAUGUUCAUCAUCUCCUUCCGGUUUUAUCGAACAAUGUAUACCUCUUACAAAUAAAAAAGAAAAAUUAAAAUAUACUCUUGAGUCAGUCGGUUGGCCUAUGUUGCAAGCUGGUAAUUUGUGUUUAUUUAGAAAUAUUAAAAUUUAA